ACUUUGGUCUCUGUCGUGCCUCUCCUCGAGGAAACGCUGAACAGCACCGGUCGCCCAAUUCCUGUGCUCGAGGGUGAUAAUAGGCAUCUCGAGGAAGAGAACCGGAGGUUGAGGGCCGAGAAUGAGGAUCUGCUCAAGACCCGCCAUGCUUUAGCUGAGCAAAUAAAGAGAGACGAGCAGCGGUUUAAGGAGGCUAUGCAAGUGAAAGAUAAGGCUCUCGAGGUAGAGCGGGCUGGCCGAAAGAAGGAG